UCCCAGCUCGGACUGUCUAUAAAAGAUGUGUAGUGAGGUCUGGGAGCACUGGCGCCCACCAUGGGUCACAGCAGGCUGCUGUUACUGCUGCUGAGCGUCUCCGCUGUGGCUCAGAAUGACGGCCAACACUCUUCACCGUGUCUGUUGACAUCCAGACUCAAGGCCUAUAAGACAUAUGUUUACCAGUACACCACGGAGAGCAGGAAUGGAGUGGGCAGCGCCACUCCUGUCAGUAACGGCCCAAAGCUUUCCUGUCAGGUGGAGAUCGAAGUUCCCCAGACAUGCAGGUUCAUCAUGCACACCAGGGACUGUGUCCUCAGCGAGGCGUCUGUCGUGGCUCCUGAGGGACGGCUGGUCUACAGACGGAGCCCCCGCUCAGAGGCGUUUCAAGCUGCCAUGUCACAGAACCCGCUGAAGUUCAGUGGAGAGGAUGUGGCCGGGGUCCAGCUGUUCCCUGAGGCAGACGAGCCAGUAAAUAUCCUUAAUGUUAAAAGAGGAAUUGUUUCAUCGCUUAUGGUGCCGGGCGUGGAGGAGGAAGAGAACGGUUUUGUGAGCACCGUUCAUGGCCAGUGUUUGACAGAAUUCAAGGUAACGGCCAGGAAGGAUGCCUCCACAAACAUGACGCUGUCCAGAGAUCUGUCCCAGUGUGACCACUUCUACAGCAGAGAACUUCCCAACAGCCCGUUGGCCCUGCUGCAAAGACUGCAUCGGCCGAUGUCAAAGCUGAUCAAAAGCACUCAACACUGCGAAUACCAGUUUGAUAAGAUGGGAAAGCACACGGUGGCUGCCCUGUGUAUCGAGAGACACAUCUAUAUACCCUUUGAAUACCAGGACAACAGACUCUCAUCUUCAGUGACACAGCAGCUUGUACUUCUGAGCUCGAAGAGGACCAACGCUGGGGCAUUUGAUGUGAACCAGCAUCAGCGCCGGCUGCUCCACUUUGAAGACCCUGAUGACAAAGCUCCUGUGCAGAGCAAGGACGCCAUUCUGAAGACGCUGCAGGACCUUAGAGGUUUGUCUGGAACAGAUCGGGCUCAGAGGAGGAGCAGCCUUUUCCACAGACUGGUGACGGGCCUGCGCAGCCUGAGGAGUGAAACGCUGAAGCAGGUGGUGCCUGAAAUGCUGGGCGCGUCGAAGUGGAUCAGCUGGCAGGCCCUGUUCCAGUGUGGAACCGCAGAGUGCACCAGCGCCAUCCUCGAAGCCUCCUGGAACUCCCCAGAGGUGGACCUGCUGGUGUACUGGCUGAGUCUACAGGCAAACCCCAACGCUGCAUGUGUUCGGGGCAUGCUGGUUAGGGCCCAGUACAAGCAGAGCAGAGCCAUCAUGUAUGCGUUGGCCAACACGGUCAAGAAUUUCCAUAAAGGAGAGGUGACCUCAGAGGUCUCAGACGUGGCCAGGUUCAUGGAGACGCUGCUAAACGGCUGCUCCAGAGGAAUUCCUGAUGCUGAUGCUGACACAUCUUUCCUUGUCCUACGGGUCAUUGGUGUCAUGGGCGAAGCCAUGCAGGCCGUCAGUCCCAGCCUCAUCUCUUCUGUUUUGCGGUGUGUAAAAAAUCCAGACAUCCCAUUAGCAAACCAGAAGGCAGCUAUACAAGCCUUGAGGCUGAUGAACAUUAAUGAUGAGAUCAAACAGGUUCUCAUGGAGCAGUACCUGGACAAAGAAGGCCCCACUGAGAAACGCGUAGCAUCGUACCUGGUUCUGAUGAAAAGUCCAGACCAAGACGUAGUCAGAGACAUUGUGAACAACUUAGAAACAGUGAGAGAUGAGCAACUCCAGAAUUUUGUUGUCUCACAUCUAAACAACAUCUAUAACUCGAAUGAACCACAAAUGGAAAAAGUCAGAGAAGGUAUUGGGUUGGCCUUGAGGAAUCGUCUUUCACAGACGAACAGCCACGGCUUGUAUGACGGCACUUCACGCAGCUACAAAGCAGAUUUUCCCUUUGGUUUUAUACAAAGCAAUAUCAUCAGCAAUGAGAGUUCUCCUAUGCUGAAGGAGGCAACCAUAAAGGCCACACUCAAGGCUUUUGACAACAACUAUGAUCUCUUUGAGUUCGGCGUGGAAGGAUCAGGGUUUGAACCGAUACUUGAGGCUCUCUUUGGAAUAAAUGGUUUCUUCACAGAAAUCAUUUCCAAAGUAAUGUACCUGGACAUUUUGCACAGACCAGCUGACAGCAGCAGGAUGAAGAGACAGGUCCCACCGGACUUUCUGAAAGAGAUCCAAAACAUAGUGAAGAGGCUGAUUGACGACCUGGGUUCCUCUCCGUCACCCAAAGCCACUGCCUAUCUGCAGCUUUUGGGAAAAGAGAUCGGAUACUUGAAGAUGAGCGACCUGAAAACGAUGGCUGGAGCCCUGACCAUGUACCGUGACACACUCAAAGUGCUGCCUAUGAAGAUCCUCCACGCUCUGACCUCCAGCAAUGACAACGAUCUCUUUGCUCAAUACAUCUUCAUGGAGAACGUCUUCUCUCUGCCCACGACCUCUGGCUUCCCUCUGAAGUUCUCACUAGCUGGUGUGAUGGCGCUAGGAACCACAGGAGGACUGAGCCGCUCAGUUUCCAGCAGCAUGACUGGCCUGUCCUUCAUGCCCUCAGCUGGACUAGAAUUCAUCACACAGAUGGGUGUUCACGUUCCAGACUAUGUGGAGGCCGGGCUCGCCAUGCACACCAACAUCUACCAUGAGAGCUCUCUGAAAGCUCAGGUGAGCAUGAAGAGCAACCAGAUGAGGCUUUCCAUUCCUGCUGCCAAGGCUAAUACUCAGCUGUUCAGCAUUAGCAACAAGAUUCUGUCAGUGUCCUCCGAUGAAACAGAAACGGUACCUUCGCUGGUGGAAGAUGGAACUGACUCGACUUACUGUCAGCCCUUGUUCAGGGGUCUGAGGCUUUGCACCGUAGUGCGUUACUCUAAUGCUACUUCCAUGGACCAUGCCCCAGGUUACCCCUUAAAUGGGGAAUCCAGGUUUGCAGUUGAAAUCCAGCCGACAGGGGCCGUAUCAGAGUACACGGCCACCUUCACUGAUGAAACGCUCAGAGAGGGCAAAAGAGGGCGACACAAAACCGAGUCUUUAAAGCUCACACUGAAGGCAGAAGGUGACGACCCAACAGAAGCCACCGUGUUGCUGAAGUACAACCACAACAAGAAUGUUUACUCCACUGAGGUCUUGGUUCCUGAUUUGGAUGUGGAGGCCGGCAUCAAGCUGUCUGUCACUGACAGCGAUGCCAAAGGAAAGAAAAUGCACGGUGUCACCAUCGACAUCACCAGCAGGAACGUUCCACAGUUGACUCUUACUGGGCGAACGAGAUUCGAAGAAAUGAAAGACGCAAUGGCACAAGUCCAGAUGUCGAUUCCUGCUCUCAGAACCAGCGCAUCAGUCGUUACGAGCCUGAGGAGGGACGAAGAUUUGUUUCUGGAGCUUGAAACAGACCUUAUCCUACACGAGACCUCCUACAAACACAAAGCGUCACUCAGAUACGAUGAUGACAAGUUUGAGGUGGAAAUCAAGUCACACUUAAAUUCAGAGAUUCAGAAACUAAUUCCACACCUACAUGACCAUCAGAAACAGCUGCAGGAGCUCAUUGAUAGAAGCCUGGACCAAAGAGUUGCCAAGACGGAUAUGAAGCUGCGUCACAUAGUCACCAAAGGAAUCGAGGCAGGGAACAUAUGGCUGGACAAACUGACUGCACACUUUCCUUAUCUAGCAAAGCUGCGCAGUAAGAGGAGCAUCUCAGACCUCACCCUGCCAGCUCUGCCUGAGAAGCUGUUUCUGCAGCAUGACAGUUUCUUCCGAUACCAGUUCAACAAGGAUAAGGUGUUUGUCUCGCUUCCUCUUCCAAUGGGAGGCAAAACGUCUGCAGACCUGAGCUUCCCCAACUCGGUGUCUGUUCCUCAGAUGAACGUACCACAGAUAGGCCUGAAUGUACGGGCCAGGAAAUAUCCACUGCCUUCAUUCACUAUUCCUCUUUCCUUGGAUUUCACGCUACCUCUUCUUGGCUUGGUUGAGGCAUCCACCAAGUUUAAGAGCAACUUCUACAGCUGGGAAGGCUCCGUGUCCGGGGGCAAUAGCACCGUUGAUGUGCCCAGCUACGUGGCACAGUUCAAGGUCGUGGCCCAGUCACCUCUCAACCUGCUGUCGUACCAGCUGGAAGGAACUGGGAUGAUGUCAGGAAGAGCUGAUGAAAACCUUAAGUACCUCGUCAACAGCUCAUUCACUCAUAGUCUUAUUGAAGCUUCCAUCAGCAUCCUAGAAUCUUUAAGGGUAACACACAAGCUGAAUUCAAAUGCCAACUUUAGGAUCCAAGCAUCAAGUCCUCUGGGCCUUCAAGCCUCCGUCUACUACUCUGCUCAGGCGGCAUCCACUCUAAAUUCAGAUGACGUGUCAGGAGACGGCUCCAUAGAUGGGCUUAUUAAAAUAGGUUCAUUCUACAGCAAUGCCUCCUACACCCACAGCUACAAUCUGCGUCCACGGGCUAAGGAGGGAAGUGGAGAGUCCACCCUGCAGUUCAACUGUCCAUUCAUCCAUAUUCACAACUUGAUCAGUGGAGUCUACGCAAACUCUGAGUUCAGCCUUACAUCUAAAACCAAUGCUCAGAGAAACGCCUUCAAGCAUGUGGCUGAGCUGAAGUACAAGGCUGCACAGCUGACACUGAAAAGCAGCUGUGUUGCAAAAGCCAUGGGACGACUGCUAAACAACAAAGUUGAACUGGGUGUGUCCAGAGACAUGACCAUCCUCAGAGUGGAGUCACAGGCUGACGAUGACAGAAACACAGCAUUCUGGCUUAUAACAGGAACCUUGGAUUCAAAUGGGCUCGAUGUGAGCUCUGAGGGCUCCGUCAUCCUGGACACAGGCCGUGGACUGCACAAAACUACUGUAAAGGUUGGCAGGAAUGGUCUAACCAUGAGUGGAACCAACAGUGUUCAGUGCAGCCCUAUAGUAAUAGAGAACGUCUUUACUGGGGCCAUAGACAACCGUGGAGCAAAGCUGUCAUCAAGGACCAAAGCGAUGGCUGAGGAGGGUCGAGGGGAGCUAGACAUCGAGGCUAGAGUCACGUCUGCAGAGGUGUCCGUGGAUGCUGCUCUCAAGGGCCACGCAUACGAUGCAAGCACCAGAAACACCCUGAGGGUGGGGCUGGACAGACGGGCGCUGACGUUUAACAGCCACAGCGAGGGAACGCUGAGGCAGAUGAAGACAGAGAGCAGAAACGCCCUGACGCUCACCCUGUGGACCUUAGCCCUCCACUCCAACACCAACAACUUCAUCUGUGAUGAUAUUUACUACAAACAUGACCUCAAACUUGGAAUUAAGCCGUUUCUUCUGUCCUUUGGUUUGACCAAUGAUGCCAGGUUGUAUGAAACCAGUUUGAGCCAUGAAGGUUCCAUAAAGCUUCAACCAAGCAGAGCGGAUGUGAAGGGGAGCAUUAAGGCAGCGUAUGGCCAGGAGCACAACAUCUUACAUACCUAUGAACUCAGCUACAAUGACCUGGCUGGUAUGAUGAAGUACAACCUUUCUGGGCUAGUGAUGGAGGCCCAGCUAAGUCACAGCUGUCAACUUGAGUUUGCUGGAUUUUCCUCCAAAACAAUCUGUGAAGCACAAUUGACAUCUGAGCCUCUGCGCUUCGAGAGCAACAUUCGUUCCAUGGUGCUGCCCUUCAGCCUCAAUGUUGACGCUUCUGUUUCCAGUGAUGGAGAAGUCCAUUUGUUUGGCAAACACACAGCGCAGCUGUACAGCAGGACUCUGGCUAAAGCUGAGCCCCUAGUGUUUGCAUAUUCACACGACAACCGGGUAUCGACCAUGCAUGAGCUUCAGCACGGGGACACUUCCACAAGUUUGGACAACAAAUAUGACUUGCUUUUGAGCCCAAGUGACCAGUCCUUCAUCUGGACACUAAAAUCGAAACUGAACAACCACACAUACAACCAAGACAUCAGGGCUCACAAUAGUCCUGCAAAGGUUGGAUUGGAGUUUUCAGGAGCAGUGUUUACGAACACAUUUUCCCAACCAAGCAGAAGCAAACGAUCACCGCCACAAACAGAGGAAUUCAGAAUGUCUGGUUUCCUCACGUACGACAAGAACAUUCACUGUCAUGUUAUCCACGUCCCGUACGUACAGAGCUUUCCUGCUGGUGUCGAGCAGCUCAAGACCAACCUUAUAGAAGCCUUAGAAUCACUGCAGCAGUUCAUCAACAGUCUAGACAUUAACCAGCUAAUUGCUGACUUCAGAGCCAUGUUGGAUCAACUUCCAGCGCAAGUCAGUGCCUUCAUGAAGGAAAUGGACUUGGAGAGAAAAGUGAGUCAAGUGAAGGCAAAGAUUGAUUAUCUGAUCAAGGAGUUUUCUGUAAGUCUGAAAGACCUGGAGCUGAUUAUGAAGAACCUGAGAAAGAACCUGGAGAAAACGGUGAUUAAAACCGCCACUAACAUUAGAAACAUGAUGCUCACAGUCAAAGACUAUGUCAAGGAAGGACAUCUGGCCAACGACAUAACACGCAUCCUGGAGCAGGUUGGAAACCAGCUUCAAGCUUUGGAUGGCAGGUAUGAGAUCAAGCAGACCCUGCUCAGGGGACUCUAUGCAACAGAAGAUGUCAUCAGGCAGAUCGAUUUACAGAAGCUCACAGAGGGCAGCGCUGCGUGGCUGCGAGAGCUCAACGCCAAAUAUCAGAUCCUGGAAACAAUCAAAGACAAACUGUCUGAAAUAAGAAAAGUGGUUGAAAACUUUAAUGUCAGCGCGUUUUCCCAGGAGCUAAUAGAUAACAUCAUGUCCGUUGACUUGGCUGGGUACGUGGAGCAGCUCGUUUACAGAAUCCCCUCGUCAGAAAUAGCCAACGUGCUUGAAUCCAUGAAUGACGUUAUCGUCAACUGGAUCGAUGAAUAUGAGGUCGCUCACAAAAUCAACACGGUUUAUUUUUACAUCAGGGACCUUCUGGUCAAAUACAACAUUGACAGUGGGUUAAAAGACUUAAUGGAUCAGGCGGUUAUUCUCAUCAAGGAGUUUAAGGUUGAGCAGACUGUGCAGACGUUGGUGAAAGCUCUGAAGUCUGCCAAAUUUGAAUUUGUCCAUGAUCACAUCCUGCAGUUUCUGCACCGUGUGACAAGUCACAUACGAUCAAUAAACAUCAAAAAAAGUAUUGAUGACUUUAAUAAGCAGAUUUCUCUAAUGCUGAAAUUACUGAAGGAAUUCAACUAUAGUGUGUUUGUCGACGAGACGAAUAAAAAGGUUGUAGAACUAACCAACUAUGUCAAUGAGCAGAUCAGAGUAUAUGAGAUUGUGGAGAAGGUUGAGGCUGUAAGGGAGUUUGUUAGAGAGAUUCAGAAAUCUGUAUUUGAAUAUUUGGAUGAAUUAAAAAACACAAAAGUCGCUGAUGCUCUAAAGAAACUGAGGAAAGUGAUUGACACCACCUUUUAUAAUGACAUCAAGCUGAAAGUACAGGAUGUCCUGGAGGAUAUGAGACAAAGAAUCCUGGACAUGGACAUCAGACAAGAGAUAUACAUUCACCUCCAACGAGCCAGUGAGUUUUAUAACAACGUUGUUACUUUAAUGUCUUCGCAGAUUAAUCGUUUGAUUGACAGGAUCUUAACAGUAUUAAAGGACAACGGCUUCCUCACCCAGAUGAAACAAUCUGUAGAUCGAGCUCUAGGAGCGCUGAUGGAGGCUGAGGUACACGUUGCUGCGUUCACUGUCCCGUUUACUGACCUGAGGAUUCCAGAAUUCACUAUCAAUCUGAACAAACUGCAGGACAUCAAGCUUCCAGCUCAGAUUUUAGUUCCCAAAGUCACCAUCCUCGGCUCCUACACAAUUCCUGCCAUCACUAUAGACUUUGAGGACCUCAAGGCUCAGAUAAUUGCAUUUCUGGACCGCAUUAAGGAGUUUCAGAUCCCAAAGCCCAACCCUGAACAAAUCUUUGGUGACCUAAAGCUUCUCUACCUUUGUGACCUACCGGAUUUCACUUUACCAAAGUUAACUCUUUCUGAAAUCAAGUUUUUCCCCAUCCACAUCCCCAUAUUAAACCUGACGGACUUUAAAAUCACGAUGCUUCCAGUUCCAGAGAUCAAACUGUCCAAGCUUCGCAGUGACAUCUGCCUGCCCCUCUUUGGCAAACUCCAUGGGGAAUUUCGGCUGGUCUCCCCACAGGUCACAGUUGUAACUACAGGAAAAGUUGAGAACUCAACAUCCUCCUCAAAGAACCCACAGUUUACAGCCACCGUUGCUUCUUAUGCUACUUCACCCAUUGAAUCCCUCAAAUACACCUUUGAAGCCUCAGCUCUGUUGGAAGCUCCAAGAAUGAAGAAAUUAAUAUGGACAGAAAAGGUUAAAGCGUCACAUGCGACCUUCUCAAUAGACCAUGAUGGAUCCUUGAUGCUGACUGGCUCUUUUGUCGAGACUUCCCUCGUGACUAGCGCCAAGGCCACGACCCAGAUGUACACAGCAGACCUGGUCAACAGAAUGACAGUUACGUCAAGGAGUGGGAUCUCUGCAGCCAUCAGCACCAUCUACAGUCAUAAUGUGGCCAUUCCAUCACUUACUGUUUCAAAUCAGGUGUCGAUAAAACAGAACAUAGGUGCCUCAGUGGAAUCUGGUAGAAUGACUCUGAGUAGUGGAACAACUGGUGAAGGACAGUGGUCCAUUCAGGACUAUAGUGAUGAGGCUUCACACAAAAGCAAUGUUGAGGUGAACAUCGACCUUCACACUGCCAACCUAACCUUUAUAGGUAACACAGACAGCAAUGCUUUGAAACUGAAGCAAACACUGAUGGCCGAGUCAGUGACCUUAAGUCAUUUUACUGUGGAAGCUAAAUGUGAAGCCAAAGCUCCAUAUGUCAAAAACAGUGUUGUGCUUUUAAACUUGAAGGCAAAUCUAGAGGAUUUGAAACUCCAGCUGACUGCCUCUCAUGAAGCUGUAUUCACUGGAGCUCUGAGCGGAUCUAUGUCCAACCUACUCAGAUUCGUGGUUCACCCGUUUGAGACAGUGCUUGAAGCUACAAACAAAGUUAACUCCAAGCUGUCGUUGCCACUGAAGCUCACGGGUAAGGUGGAUCUUCAGCAUGACUACGGAAUCAUUCUAAACUCGGAGAAGCAGCAGAGCUACUGCUUUGCUUUGGCGAGAUUCAACCAAUACAAGUACAAACACAACUUCACAGCAGAAAACAAUGAUGUGAAUGCCUUCCUUCAUGCAUCGCUGAAUGCAGAGGCUAACCUGGACUUCCUAACGGUUCCUCUUUCUGUCCCAGAGAUAACGGUGCCUUACCUCCAAUUAACUACCCCUGAGCUCAGAGACGUCUCUCUAUGGAGAGAUGCUGGACUCCAAGCCUUGCUAAAUACACCUCAGCAGGUAUUGGAUCUGAACCUGAAGCUUUUUUACUCCAAGAAUCCUGAUAAACACAGCUUUGACGUAUACCUUGAACCAAUCUACAGCAUAAUCAGCGACAAUGCUGAGGCCCUCCAGGCUCAGUUUGAACAAUGCCGAGAUCAAGUGGUCACCUUUCUAAAAGCUUCCUACAGUCAAGCAAAGUCCCAGUAUGUGAAACACAGACUGGAUCCUCCUAACGUCCCCUCCAGAGUCCUGGUUGUGCCCGGAUACAGGAUACCGUCACUGAACAUAGACGUGUCCGCCUUCAGGGUUGAGAUGCCAGUGUUUGGCUACACUGUUCCUAAGGAGUUCAGGACACCAGGCUUCAAGGUUCCAGCUCUAGGUUUCUCUGUUCCUUCCUAUACCCUUGUGCUUCCGUCUCUGGAGAUACCUGUCAUCCACGUCCCAGAAUCCUUAAGUGAAAUGAGGUUGCCAACUCUCACACUGCCAGCCCUUCCGAAUCACGUGACCAUCCCAGCCAUGGGUAACAUGAGCUGGGACUUCUCCUUCAAGUCCACUGUGAUGGGCGUCAGUGCUCAUGCUGGCCUGUACAACCAGACUGACAUUGUUGCUCAUUUUGAUGCUUCCUCAACAUCUGUGUUUGACAUUUUGAAUGGAAAGAUCGAUGGAACCACUAGUUUAACACAGACAAGGGGGCUCAAAGUGGCCACCACCGUGUCCCUGGACCAUAGCAACGUGGAGGCCAACCACGAUUCUUCAGUUAGUCUCUCAGAACGAAACAUCCAAAGCUCUGUAGCGAACUAUGUGAUGUUCAAGCUGCCAUUUCUAAAUCUAGAAUUAAAUCAAAAACUUACUGGAAGCACUGAAACUAAACCAAAUGUUGCUUCUAUGAAGAAAGUGAAAUACGUGUUUAACAUUCCGCUGAUUGAAUCUGUCGGCGAAGGACACGUUGAAACCAACUGGGCACUUGAAGCAGUUCCCUCCUACGUGUCACUGGAGACCUCGACUGAAGGAAAGUCAGACGUGACAGUCAUGGGAGGAUGUAACAUUGCUGGGGAGGUGAAACAUGGAGCCAGCUUCUACCUCGAUGCCAACGGCCUGCGUUCAACCGUCAGAACGGCCUUAAACUCGGACAUUAACAAGCAGGAGAAACAGAAACGAAGCCCAGGCAACGUGAUCCACUUUGACUUCAACAAGACUUUUGCUCUAGACGUUUCCCUGCGGCGCAUGUUUGCAGCAAUUGAUUACAGCAGCCGUAACCAUGUUGAUUUGGCGCCUUUCAACACAAAUGGACGACACAAUGUUAAAGGAGAGCUGGACUUUGCUCCUUUGACGACCUUCAGGACUACACUCAGCAUGGAUGCGAGUCAGCCCAGCCGACUGGGGCCCACCUCCGCCGUUCACAGCAUCACGGCGGCCGUGGGCUCCCAGAGGCAGGCGUUCACAUGGAGGGCUAGGCAUCAGCUAGCGACUCUCACCUCUGCCUGUGAUCUGCUCGUGUCCAAUGAGGAAUCAGAGAUACGCGUGGACCUGAGUACAGCAGUGGACGCCCUUAACGUGUCUUUGAAUGUGAUUUACACAAAGGCCGUGGACGGGCAGGAGUAUGCAAUUCCAUCUACCUCCACUGACAGCGGCGUCACCUUUAGCCUCCCUGACAUUAGCUUUGUGAUGCCGUCGUGGCUAAAAAAACUCCACAAACCCCUGACUAAGAGUACAGACACGAAAUCUGAGAGGUCUAACAGGCUUGAACAUGUCACGCUUCUCCCUGUGGUUUCAGUCCCAGCCUUUAAUUUGCCAUUCACCAAUUUGCAGGUGGAAGCCUUCACAGUGGAUCCAAAGAGUGUUACCAUCCCUAAGGUGAUCACCACAAAGGCCUUUGAGGUGCUGUUGCCUGGUUUACCAGUGAUAUCUGUUCCUAGUUACAAUGUUAACACAGAGUAUCUGCAGGGGAAGAUGUCCUUCAACAUGCCCCAGUAUGACAUCAGAGUCUCCUCCUUCUCUCUGCCCCCCUCCUUUACAAUUGCAGAGCACACACUGGGCCUGAACCAAAUCCUUGGCCAGAUUUCAAACCUUCAACUUCCAACCAUUGUCGUCCCAGAGCAAAAAGUGGGAAUUCCUGAAGUUGUCAUGCAUCUGCCUUUAAGUGUGUUUGUCCCAGCGUUCGGUAAACUUGGUGCCACAGUGAAGGUUUCCUCCCCAGCAUAUAAUGUGUCAACAGUUGCCAACGUGGAGAGAAAAGAGUCCAAGCUUGUAACGUCUCUAGCCUCCAUCUGUAGCUCCACCAUGAGCUUCCUGGACUAUAACUUCUCUGGUAGUUCAACCGUUGGAUUUGAUAAUGGAGCAAUCAGUAUAAAUGGGAAAAGCAGCUUGAUCCACAAUGACGUAAAUGUUAACUUGCAGCACAUUUUGACACACACCCUGAGACUAAAGCGCCAAACGCCUACGACUGAUUUGAUGCUCUCCCAUCAUACUCUCAGUGUUGACAUCAGUAGCCGAACGUUUGCCGACGUGAGCUUCCGCUUUGCUUCCCGCAAAGAUGGCAUCACAGCGUCGGUGUCGUCUCCGUCGUCUGGCUUCCUUGGGUUCCAGUUUCAACGCCGGUCCCCAUCACAGCUUUAUGGAAAACUAUUCAGUCGCUACCAGUCUGCUCCUGACAAAGACGUUGACGUGUUUACUGCUAAAGCUACGCUGAGGAACUCCCAGAAGUUAAUGUUGCAGACAACAUGGAACUGGGACUGGGUUCAGGAUGUGUUCGAAGGGACCAAGCAGAGGAUUCCUGCCAUGUCCAGAGCUGUGCUCAGCUUUAUUAACAAGUACCACACGGCUCACUUUGGCUUUGACCUUAACCGUGGCUGCGUGAAGUUCAAACACACGAUUUCCAGUUUCAUAGAGAGAGUCUAUAACCAGGUUCUGGCAUUCGUUAACACGCUGCAGAAUUCAAUCCAACAUCUCGGGGAUCAGGUAAAACAGGUGUACACCAGGGCGUCCAAUGCCAUUCUGUCCAUGAGCGUGGCUGAUGUUAGAGACAGGCUGACAAGCAGCACCAGACAUGUUCUGAACCACAGUAGGGACCAGGUUUCUGUCCUGCUGGAUGACGUCAAACGGUUUCUGAGUGCCACCAAGUUUCCCGUGCAUGGAUCUGAACAGAACAUCUCGAGCCUGGAGCUGUUUCAGCUGACGCUCUGGUCUGUUUUAAAGUCUGCUGACAGAGCAGGUCAGAAGUUUGUCAUCGCCACCGAGAACGUGUCUGAUUAUGUCAGGAAAGUCAAUUUCACCAUAGCUGAAACCAGAACGAGCAUUAAUGGAAACGAGAUCAUGGAGAAACUGACAUCUUUGUAUCAUCAGCUGUUAGAGUCACUGCUCAUGAAUCUUGAACUGCUUCACAAAGCAGUCAGUGACAUUCCUGUGAUGAUGUAUGAGAAGGCUGAGAAUUUCCUCACUGUGCUAAAAGAUAAAAACCUUCAGUUUGCUGCUCAGGUUGAUGCCAUCUAUGCAGAUGUGCUGGAAUCUUCACAACAACAGACUGAGGAGGCAAAGCGGAACGUGGCCCAGUAUAAGCUUCUCACCAAACAGAAGGUCCAGGAGCUCUGCAGUGCCUUUAGCUUGGAGCGAGUCUCUAACAACGCCAAAGAGACCAUCAGUGUUUUCCAGACUCAUCUUUCCAGAGGAUUUAAUGAAACUGUAGACGUCAUGAGAAAGGCCUCGCAGGGCACAGCCCCAUAUGUUAGAGUGAGCAGUAAAAGGAUGGAUGUUGAGGUUCCAUUACCCUUUAACUGGAAGUCGUUCAGUGAGUGGCCAACGCUCAUUGGCCAGUAACAUUCAUAUGUCUGUGUGAAAAAGGACUUUGUUACAAUAGAUGAACUUGAUUAAGAUUAAUUUAAUAUAAAUUACUAUAUAAAAUAUUACAUUAUAUACUAUAUGAUAUAAAAUGUCAUGUUAAUUAUGUUAUUAAAUAAACAAUAAAGACAGAAACAUUUU